AUGGGCAGAUCAGCAAUCGUCCAAGAAUAUGGGCCACCACCUCUGGCCAACACUACCAUCACGUUUGACCGCAAGACUACCGAUGAAGUAGCUCACGAUAUCAUCAAGAGGCCAAAGGGAUACAGGGUAUCAUGGCAUGCAAAUGCCACCGUUGAACCCCAUCACUUCGGCCAGUCGCAUCCCAUGAAGCCAUGGCGCCUAACCCUCACCAAACAGCUCGUUAUGGCCUACGGGAUGCACCAUGCCAUGGAUCUCUACGUCGCUCGCGCAGCGACAUACGAUGAGAUGGCCGAAUUUCACAGCACAGACUAUCUUGAUUUCUUAAGCCAGGUCAUUCCGGCUGAUAUGGAUAGCGCCGCACAGCAGGAUCGCCUGGCCGGAUUCAAUUUCGGGGACGAUUGUCCGAUUUUUGACGGUCUGUACGACUACUGCGCGCUGUAUUCCGGUGGAACCGUUGACGCCGCUCGGAAGCUAUGCAAUAAUCAGUCUGAGAUUGCGAUUAACUGGUCUGGUGGGCUGCAUCAUGCUAAAAAAACCGAGGCAAGCGGCUUCUGCUAUAUCAACGACAUUGUACUCGGCAUUCUACAGCUACUCAGGCACCACCCAAGAGUCAUGUAUAUUGACAUUGAUGUUCAUCAUGGAGACGGGGUAGAGCAAGCUUUUUGGUCAACAGAUCGAGUCCUUACUGUUUCUUUUCACAAAUACGACAAGGAUAAUUUCUUCCCAGGCACCGGACCCCUUGAUAGCACCGGACCAACUCACCCCCUGAAUCCCGGCGCUCACCAUUCUUUAAAUGUGCCGUUGAACGACGGAAUCGAAGAUAACGAUUACGUUAACUUGUUCAAAGCUAUAAUCGGCCCAUGUAUAAACACAUACCAACCUAGUGCGAUAGUCCUACAGUGUGGUGCUGACAGCCUCGGCUGUGAUAGACUAGGCUGUUUCAACCUCAAUAUUCGUGCGCACGGUGCAUGCGUUGCAUUCACAAAAUCAUUUGGCCUACCUACUCUUGUUCUUGGUGGAGGAGGGUACACACCCCGAAACGUCUCUCGAUUAUGGGCGUACGAGACCGCGAUAUGUAUAGGAGCCGAAAACCAGCUGGAUCCCAAGCUACCCGAAACUCUUCCUUUCCGCAGCCACUUCCAGCCCGACUGUUCUCUAUUCCCACCGCUAUCAGAUCUGCGAAGGGUUGAGAAUAAGAAUACAAAGCCUUAUUUAGAUUCUCUCGUGGAAGGUAUAUUGGAACAGCUACGGUAUAUUAAUGGUGCACCCAGUGUUCAGAUGAGCGUUAUCCCGCCGGAUAUAUUGGGCAUUCGGGAGGAAAUUGAGAAGGAAAUUGAAGAAGAGAACCAAAUGAAUGAAGAAGAGAACGAAGACCGCGGAGUAAAUGGGACAUCGAGUCGACGGAAGGACGCAGAGCGGGGAACUGCGGUCGCAGGUGAACUUUACACUUGA